CUGAUCCAGUUCGUUUCCCUCCGGUCUCCGCAUUUUCCUUUCCAACCCUCCACUUCUCCGGAUCAAUGGAUAGUAAGGUUCCAACUCUCAGCUCACACACGGGCGGACACCCCAGUAACAAGUGAGAGCGCUCCGCCUGGCACUCCCCCGACUCCGUCCCCUACUCUGUUCCCCAUCUCUGACAAGCCAAAAGGACAGCAUCAACAGCGCGGAUUUUUCUCUCCAACUUUACCCAACCGACUACGAGGAAGCGGCUUCAACGUUCUAACGCAUGGCCAGCCACGGGAUUGCUUUGCGUCUCCUCACUAGCCCUCCUGGAUAUUCUGUUCAUUGAUGCCUCAAAACCUCGCGAAGAGCUGUCUCCCUUUUGCUUGAUCCCUCUGUUUCCUUGAGUUAGUUCUGAAAGGUGUUACCGGGGUUCGGGAGCUCUUGGACCAAAUGGAACUUUUUGCUGCCUCUUCUUGCUGCUGAUUGUGUCCCUGGACAAGGAAAAAGGCUUCGCAGGCAGAAGAGGCGCAGGGGAGGUGGAGAAAGAGGUGGAGGAAGAGGACGAGGAAGAGGAGGAGGAAGCCUAAGGGGCUCGGCGCGGGUGUGUGCAUGUGUGCAUGCGUGUGUGAGUGCAUGUGUGUGAGUGCCACCGCUGCCCAGGACCCCCGGCCCCGAAGGUGUUGGCUGAAAUAUGGAGAAUAGUCUUGGAUGUGUUUGGGUACCCAAGCUGGCUUUUGUACUCUUCGGAGCUUCCUUGCUCAGCGCGCAUCUUCAAGUCACUGGUUUUCAAAUUAAACCUUUCACAUCCCUUCGUUUCGUGUCUGAACCUUCUGAUGCUGUCACAAUGCGGGGAGGAAAUGUUCUGCUCAACUGCUCUGCGGAGUCUGACCGAGGAGUCCCAAUCAUCAGGUGGAAGAAAGAUGGUCUCAUGCUAGCCUUGGGCAUGGAUGACAGGAAGCAGCAACUUCCUAAUGGGUCUCUGUUGAUACAAAACAUACUUCAUUCCAGACAUCACAAGCCAGAUGAGGGACUUUACCAAUGUGAAGCAUCCUUGGGAGAUUCUGGCUCAAUUAUUAGUCGAACAGCAAAGGUCUCAGUAGCAGGACCACUGAGGUUCCUUUCCCAGACAGAAUCUAUCACAGCCUUCAUGGGAGAUACAGUGCUACUCAAGUGUGAAGUCAUUGGGGAGCCCAUGCCAACAAUCCACUGGCAGAAAAAUCAGCAAGACCUCAUCCCAGUCCCAGGAGACUCCCGCGUGGUUGUCUUACCCUCUGGAGCAUUGCAGAUCAGCCGACUUCAACCAGGAGACAUUGGAGUCUACCGAUGCUCAGCUCGGAAUCCAGCCAGCAUAAGAACAGGAAACGAAGCAGAAGUCAGAAUCUUAUCAGAUCCAGGGCUGCACAGGCAGCUGUAUUUUCUGCAGAGACCAUCCAACGUAAUAGCCAUCGAAGGAAAAGAUGCUGUCCUGGAGUGCUGUGUUUCUGGCUAUCCUCCGCCAAGCUUCACCUGGUUACGGGGCGAGGAGGUCAUCCAACUCAGGUCUAAAAAGUAUUCAUUGUUGGGUGGAAGCAAUUUGCUCAUCUCUAACGUGACAGAUGAUGACAGUGGAACCUAUACUUGUGUUGUCACAUAUAAGAAUGAGAAUAUUAGUGCCUCUGCGGAGCUUACAGUCUUGGUUCCACCAUGGUUUUUAAAUCACCCUUCCAACCUCUAUGCCUAUGAAAGCAUGGAUAUUGAAUUUGAAUGUGCAGUUUCUGGGAAGCCUGUGCCUACUGUGAAUUGGAUGAAGAAUGGAGAUGUGGUCAUUCCUAGUGAUUAUUUUCAGAUAGUGGCUGGAAGCAACUUACGGAUCCUUGGGGUAGUGAAAUCAGAUGAAGGCUUUUAUCAAUGUGUGGCUGAAAACGAGGCUGGCAAUGCCCAAAGCAGUGCCCAACUGAUUGUCCCCAAGCCUGCCAUCCCAAGCUCCAGCAUCCUCCCUUCUGCUCCCAGAGAUGUGGUCCCUGUCUUGGUUUCUAGUCGCUUUGUCCGUCUGAGCUGGCGUCCACCUGCAGAAGCAAAGGGGAACAUUCAAACCUUCACAGUCUUUUUCUCCAGAGAGGGUGACAACAGGGAGCGAGCUUUGAAUACAACCCAGCCUGGGUCCCUUCAGCUUACUGUGGGAAACUUGAAACCAGAAGCCAUGUACACCUUCAGAGUUGUUGCCUACAAUGAGUGGGGACCUGGGGAGAGUUCUCAGCCCAUCAAGGUGGCCACUCAGCCUGAGUUGCAAGUUCCAGGGCCAGUAGAAAACCUGCAUGCUGUAUCUACCUCACCUACCUCAAUUCUUAUUACAUGGGAACCCCCUGCCUAUGCAAAUGGUCCAGUCCAAGGUUACAGAUUGUUCUGCACUGAGGUGUCCACAGGAAAAGAACAGAAUAUAGAGGUUGAUGGACUAUCUUAUAAACUGGAGGGCCUGAAAAAAUUCACGGAAUAUACUCUUCGAUUCCUAGCUUAUAAUCGUUAUGGGCCAGGAGUAUCUACUGACGACGUAACGGUGGUUACACUGUCAGAUGUGCCAAGCGCGCCACCUCAGAACAUCUCACUGGAAGUGGUUAACUCAAGGAGUAUCAAAGUAAGCUGGUUUCCUCCUCCAUCAGGAACACAAAAUGGAUUUAUUACUGGCUAUAAAAUUCGACACAGAAAGACUACCCGCAGGGGUGAGAUGGAAACACUGGAACCAAAUAACCUCUGGUACCUGUUCACAGGGUUGGAAAAAGGGAGUCAGUACAGUUUCCAAGUGUCGGCCAUGACCGUCAAUGGCACUGGACCACCUUCCAACUGGUACACAGCAGAAACACCAGAGAAUGACCUAGAUGAGUCUCAAGUCCCUGACCAGCCAAGCUCUCUCCAUGUGAGACCCCAGACAAACUGCAUCAUCAUGAGCUGGACUCCUCCUCUCAACCCAAACAUCGUGGUGAGAGGCUACAUUAUCGGAUAUGGUGUCGGCAGUCCCUAUGCUGAGACAGUGCGCGUGGACAGUAAGCAGCGCUACUACUCCAUCGAGAGACUGGAGUCAAGUUCUCAUUAUGUAAUCUCCUUAAAAGCUUUCAACAAUGCUGGUGAAGGUGUUCCUCUCUAUGAAAGUGCCACCACCCGCUCCAUAACAGAUCCCACUGACCCCGUUGAUUAUUAUCCUUUGCUUGAUGAUUUCCCCACCUCGGGCCCAGAUGUCUCCACCCCCAUGCUCCCACCAGUAGGUGUACAGGCUGUGGCUCUUACCCAUGAGGCUGUGCGGGUCAGCUGGGCAGACAACUCUGUCCCGAAGAACCAGAAAACAUCCGAUGUGCGACUUUACACCGUCCGGUGGAGGACCAGCUUUUCUGCCAGCGCCAAGUACAAGUCAGAGGACACCACAUCCCUCAGCUACACGGCGACUGGCCUCAAGCCAAACACGAUGUAUGAGUUCUCAGUCAUGGUGACAAAGAACAGAAGAUCGAGCACGUGGAGCAUGACUGCACACGCCACCACCUAUGAAGCCGCCCCGACUUCUGCUCCCAAGGAUUUGACAGUCAUUACUCGAGAAGGGAAGCCUCGUGCUGUCAUUGUGAGCUGGCAGCCUCCCUUGGAAGCCAAUGGGAAGAUCACUGCUUACAUCUUGUUUUAUACCUUGGACAAGAACAUACCAAUAGACGACUGGAUUAUGGAGACCAUCAGUGGCGAUCGGCUUACCCAUCAGAUCACGGAUCUCAACCUUGACACCAUGUACUACUUCCGAAUUCAAGCACGGAACGCAAAAGGAGUCGGGCCUCUCUCUGAUCCCAUUCUCUUCAGGACUUUGAAAGUGGAACACCCAGACAAAAUGGCUAAUGACCAAGGUCGUCAUGGAGAUGGAGGUUAUUGGCCAGUUGAUACUAACUUGAUUGACAGAAGCACUCUCAAUGAACCACCCAUUGGACAGAUGCACCCUCCGCAUGGCAGUGUCACUCCUCAGAAGAACAGCAACCUGCUGGUGAUAACGGUGGUCACCGUUGGCGUCCUCACAGUGUUGGUCGUGGUGAUUGUAGCUGUGAUUUGUACCCGGCGUUCUUCAGCCCAGCAGAGAAAGAAACGGACCACCCACAGUGUGAGCAAGAGGAAGGGCAGUCAGAAGGACCUCAGACCUCCUGAUCUUUGGAUACAUCAUGAAGAAAUGGAAAUGAAAAAUAUCGAGAAGCCCGCAGGAACCGACCCCGCAGGAAGGGACUCCCCCAUCCAGAGCUGCCAAGACCUCACACCAGUCAGCCACAGCCAGUCAGAAUCCCAGAUGGGAAGCAAAAGUGCCUCCCAUUCAGGUCAAGACACUGAGGAAGCAGGGAGCUCCAUGUCCACUCUGGAGAGGUCCCUUGCAGCACGCCGGGCUACCAGGGCCAAGCUCAUGAUUCCCAUGGAGGCCCAGGCCAACAAUCCUGCUGUUGUGAGUGCUAUCCCUGUACCAACACUGGAAAGUGCCCAGUAUCCAGGAAUUCUCCCAUCUCCCACUUGUGGAUACCCCCAUCCGCAGUUCACUCUCCGGCCGGUACCAUUCCCAACACUGUCUGUGGACCGAGGUUUUGGAACAGGAAGAAGUCAGUCUGUGAGUGAAGGACCAGCUACCCAACAACAACCCAUGCUGCCCCCGGCUCAGCCUGAGCAUCCCAGCAGCGAGGAAGCACCCAGCAGAACUAUCCCCACAGCCUGUGUACGACCAACACAUCCACUCCGCAGCUUUGCUAACCCUUUGCUACCUCCACCAAUGAGUGCAAUAGAACCAAAAGUCCCUUACACACCGCUUUUGUCACAGCCAGGACCUACCCUUCCCAAGACUCAUGUUAAAACGGCCUCUCUUGGACUGGCAGGAAAGGCAAGGUCCCCUUUGCUUCCUGUGUCUGUGCCAACAGCCCCUGAAGUAUCUGAGGAGAGUCACAAGCCGACGGAGGAUCCAGCCAGUGUAUAUGAACAGGAUGACCUGAGUGAACAAAUGGCAAGCUUGGAAGGUCUGAUGAAGCAACUUAAUGCCAUCACAGGUUCAGCCUUUUGACACAUGUUGCCGAAACAUUGAAAAUUUUCAGGAACUUUACAGCAUACCAAUUAUCCAUAAACAGCACACCUGUGUCCAAAAACCCUAACCAGUGUACAGGUCAACUGUCUGGACCACUCAGUCAAGGAACACCUGAAGCACUUCAGAAGAAAUUAGCAUCCCACCCUAUAUGGACAUCAGGAAUUGUACAAUGAUGGCCAUGAGGUCCCUCAGAUGCAUCUUCACCGCCAAGUCAAGGCUGAAGCUGCUUGCAAAGUUCUGGGUCUUUGUCACUGCAGUGACCAUGGUGUCAUAACUAAUGCCUACAUUUUUUUUUCAGUGAGACCUUUCAUUUUCUGCAUAUGUCUAGUCUCACAAAAUACAAGUGCAUUAUUUCAGACUGUACCAUGCCAUAGCAAAUCAAUACAAACUCACUAUUUUUGUUUUCUACUUUAAACUACAAAGCAUCCAUGGUAAUUCUCUCACUCCAUAGCACCAAAGGAUUGGAUGUUUUCCUGACAGCGUAAAAAAGUAAAUAAGUGGAUAAGCAAAAGGCAGUGAAUGCUUGUUUAUAGCUCAAUCAUUCAUCUCACACAAGUGGCAGGAAUUAGUGAGUGGGUAUAAAAGUUUUACAAAUUUUAGCAAGUCUUUGUAAAUCCAUUCUUGGUUAAUGUUUAUGUCUAGCGUGUAGGAACUUAAAAAUCCUCAACUGGUGGCACCCUGCCAACAACACCUUUCCAGAAGGAGAAUACAAUAUGCAAUCUUCUCAGACAUGUGGUGAUUGUGUACUUAAGCUUGUAGUAUGACGUUUUUCAAUUUGAGUGGCUUCUGUGCCAUUCCACACUGUGAUGGCCUGUCUGAGUUAAACUAAGGCUUCUUCUUCAGGAGUUUGGCCAGAAGAAUUCCACCAUCCUCCAUUCCCAUCAUCCCCCUACUUCUCCUGGGCAAGGCUCCUAAGUAGCCUUAGGUAAAAUGGCCAGCUCCAUACAUCAUACAUCCUGUGUCCCCAGUAUCCCUCUGUGGAGAUAGUAGACUUCCUGAGAGCAAGCUCAAAAGAAAGAAAAGGAGCAUGAAAGACCAUUUCCCAGAGCCCCUUUUCAUGAGUGAUGUCACUUCCACCUAUAACAUCUUCAUUGAGCUGUGCGAGGCAACAUUGACAGAUGUUGACCACAGGCUCUGUUGGCAAGGCAAACUUCCACACUAAUGCUAAGACAGAGUCAGGGAGGAGAGAGGGGUAGGUACCACUUGACAUCUGACACAUCAUAACUCCUGUAGGUAUUUUUCAAAACAGCAUCUUAAACUGUGGACUAGAAUUUUGAACUUCUAUUGCCGUGUAUCUACAGCUUGAACCUAGCUGAAAUUAAGAACAUUCUGUGCAUUCCCUUUUAGUUUAUGAAUUUUCAGCUGUAUUUGGAGUUAAUCCCUACUUAUGCAGCUGAGUCGCCAAAAGGGAGCUAGUUUGCAUAUUUAUCAGUUAGGUGACUCGAAAACCCAAUGAGAGUUUCAGCUGAAUUAUUCCUUUCAGCUCUGCCUUUGAUUUCAAGCUUGAGUAGGUCAUAAUUUUAAAAGAGCAUGGCAAGGAUAGGAUCUUUACAACCUAAUAGCUCCUUUUAUUAGGUGGGUAAUUAUAUAUGAAUCCCUGAAUGAAAUAUUUUGAGCAAAAUGGCACUGUAACAGAAAUAAUAAUUCAGAUUAUUUUUUUACAGUUUUAUGUCUGGAAGGAAAUCUGAUGUCAGAGGGCUUGUUCAAAUGGUUCAUUAGAAAGUCUGGUCCAUUUGCAAAAUCUUCCUUCAACAAGAGUGCUUGUUGGAUUCACUGAGAUUUUUUCUGGAAGUAUUUUCAAAGAGCUAUGCGAUGUUAUUUAAUAGGACAGAAUGCUUUUGUUCAGUAUUUGGGCACUUAGGUAGACAACUUUCAACUGACCUGAAAUAAAGCAUUUCUUAACACAGCAUUGAAUACUUUAAAAAUAAUCCAUUAUUACAAACUGGAAAAUGUUUAUUAAGUUAGCAUAACUUUCUCAAAGUCCCACAUUAUGCUCCCCUUAACAGUAUCUACAAAAACAAAACAAAACAACAACAAUAACAACAACCAAAAAAAAAAAAAAAACAAACCACUAUUUGGAGCUAUUUAAUAUUCAUGAGAAUCAAUCAAAUUUUAGUUUGGGGUGUGCUACAAACCUCCAAUAUUGGGGACUGAGUUAUGUUGGAAAGCUGUUCUGUAAAAUCUAGUUGGAAAGUCAAGACAAUGAGCAUUUUCACAGGACUCUAGGCCUUUCCACUCAGUCAACAAUAUCAGGAAGUUUAAUCAUUAAAAGUCAUUGAAAGUAUGCAAUCUAUUCUGUGGGAGUUAUAUUCUUUCCACACUCCCUACUGUCAUGCCAUGAAUAUACAGUGCAAUUUAUUUAUGCAUACUUAGCAGACUAGUAUCAUUAACCAAGAGGUUUUAAUGUACAAUGAGUUCAACAUGGCUUCUGCAGAGCUCUUGAUUCCCGAUUCUUUCCAGUGAUUUUUGUGUGUAUAAGAAACUUGUCCAGGUUUCCAGGUGACAUUUUACUUCCCUGGUCUCCUCUUACAAGACAGACUCUGGGAGUGGUUUGAGGCAGCCUGGUGUAGUUCCUUCUGAGUCAAGCUCAUGACAUGCAGGACCCUUUAAGCUUAUAAAUCUCUUUGCCUCCCAUUGGGCAGAGCAGAGCAAGCGGCCAGCAUCGCUGACAGUAAGAGUCAAUUCUCUGUUAAAAGAAAAAAAAAAUCAAACUUGGCAGGAGGACUUGGGUUUUAUACACUUUGCUAAAAUGCAAAGCAAGAGCCUGCUCUUGAAGAACUUUGCAAUUUUUUUUCUAUUUCAUUUUGAUAAGAAAGCAAUUUUCGCUCCUCCAGCCAGCUCUGCAUUUGUUUAAACUGACAAAGAUGAAGGUAGCUCAAAGUGUAUACAAAACAUUGGUAUAAUGCUCUAGUCAAAAGUUAAGUAUUUCUUAGUGAUUCACACUUAAUGAGAAACUGGUUAUAGCUGCCUCCAUAUAAUAGACCCAUAAUCUUCUAGAAUAUUUAAAUAAUACAGCUUUAUAUUUGGCUAUUAUUAAAUCCAUACUCAGUUGAACAACCCAGAAAUAAAAAUAUUCAAGCCAAUGAUGUAAACAGCAGGCUUAUUUAUGGCUUUCUUUUAGGGACUGAAUACAAUAAUAGUUGUUUUUUUUUUUUUUUUGGUUUUUUUCAAAAUAAAGAUUGUUAAAAAUGAGGUGUAUGCUUCAUGCUCUGUGGAGGUGGCAUUUACAGAAGGAGAGUCCAGACAUUUUAAAGCUUACUGUCACUUACUGGCUUUCCCAAUAAACAACUUCUCAGGCAUAGGUCUUUCCUAAGCACCCUCAAAGGCUAUGCUCAGAGAUAGUGGUUGAAACUUGACUUUCCUUUGGAUGCCUCUCCUGAGUUUGUUCAAAUAAGCAUCUAAAGGUCACCUAUAAAUGAACACAGUGUCUCAGUCAUGGUAGGUGAACUGUGAGUCCAGCAGAUUACUUCUUAAAAGGCUGCCUACAUUUUAUGUAAAACCUUAUCACAGGCCCAGAUUUCUGGUGUUUAUGGAAUACUCAUUUCCAGUCAGUGAGACAAAGGAAAAUGGAAAUCUCCCAAGUCUUAGAUGAAUUUAAGGAAAAUAAAAGUAAUAUGGACUUUAAAAAUAUUCAGAGAAGUAAUAUAGAGACUAUACAUUCUCCCUUGCUUACCCUAUUUCUCCUUAUAUAACUACAGGCUAUUUCCAAGGCCAAAAUUUAGUGCCAUGGCCUUGUUUAUGUGGAUAUACCUACUUACUGUGGUUUAAGAAUAAAUAGCCCAGGGCACUAUGGAUCUGCAGAAGUCACCAUGUACUCAAGUACAAACUUCCUUUUCUAAAAUCAAAUUCAAAGCAAUGUUAUCCUCAUAAUUCAUAUUUAUCUUAUGACUUUCAAAAAUCAUUUUUAUGUAUAAAUAUCAUUUAAAUAUUAUCCAGAAAAGCUUUGUUCUUAGUUCAGUAUCUUGAAAGUAAUUUUGGACAGUAGAGAAUCACAGAGAGGUGUUUUGUGUGAUGCCUCUCAUCUGAGAAUAUGUGUCCCAAUGCUUGAGUCCACCUUGUCAAUCAAGUAACUGCUUCCAAAAAGAUUUGAUUUGCAAAAGAAAUGCUGUAUUUCUUGUCAGCGAGGUUAGAUAGGAGACAACGCCAUGCCCAUAUCAGCAAAUGAGUGUAACUUCUGAUGUGGCUCACCCUUUCUGCCAUUGGAUAACUUUUCACAAGGGCAACUUCCAGGAACUCGGCAACACUCUGAAGGGUGUUUUUCUCUUGAUCUCAGCUUUGUGCACUACCACCUUCCGACUUUCGUUGUUGAUAGGAGAGCAACAGCAAAACUGUACAAGAUAUCACAAA